AUGACUUCUGACGCCAUCACCACCCUUAACUAUUUCGUCGCUCCAUCCGACGGUUCUCGUCCUUACACUGAUAUCAGCGGAAAUAACCUUACAGGAAAGCUGAUCCACAACUGGGGCGAAGAAUCGCAUGAUAUGCAAGUUGAGGACGUGCGCGGGAAGGAGGAACUUUACAAGCUUGACAAUGCCGGAUUUCAGUAUGGGAUAGAAGCGCCGAAGCAUACCAGCUUCUUGAAUGAUGAUGAGAUUGAGCGCGAAUACUACCCUGAGAGCAUCGACCUCAUCAAGAGGGUAACAGGAGCGACCAAGGUUGUCAUCUUCGACCACACUAUUCGUCGCCGUCGCCCAGGCGAGUCAGAUGAUAACCCACAGAAACGUCAGCCAGUCCCCCGGGCUCAUGUGGACCAAACGCCUGCGGCGUCCAUUGCUCGUGUUCACAGGCAUCUCCCGCCAACAGAAGCUCCUUCCCUCCUUCGCAGACGCUUCCAAAUCAUAAACCUUUGGCGUCCUAUAUCACAUGCGGCUGUAGAUUGGCCACUUGCGCUAUGCGACUUCCGGAGUGUCGAUUUCGAGAAAGAUUUGAUGCCUGUCGCUCUCAUAUACCCUGACCGCGAGGGUGAGACAUUUGGAGUCAGAUACAACCCCAAUCACCAGUGGAAAUACUUGAAGGCAAUGACCCCAGAAGAGUUUGUUCUUAUCAAAUGCUCUAACUCGAUACAAGAUGGGAGUGUCGCGAAGCUAACUCCUCAUACUGCCUUCCAAGACCCAAACACUCCAGAGAGAGCGCCGCCUCGAGAAUCCAUCGAGGUGAGAACUCUGGUAUUCUAUGAUUAAAACACGUUUUUUGGAGUGGCGUUAAUAAUUACCAAGGAAAUCGUACCGCAUUUUGUUGCUGUAUGUAUAUGUAUAGUUGUACUUCACCGAUUUUGCUGUUGGAAAUUUUGUGUGAUCCUCGUGGACGUAUCAUGACUACCAUGUCACUAUCCAUGCAUUCAUGACAAUCGUCGUCACCGUGUACUCGAUGAGCGAGGGCAUCUCAGCAUACAAAACAAACACACGUAGGUCUUUAUCAUCGUGAUGAACAGGUAUUGGGCCAUCAGGGCUUCAGUAGUUUCAAU